CGGGGCGUGUCGAGCCUCUUGAUGGGCGGGGCUUUGUCUGCGCUAGGAGGAGUUCAGGACGCGAGGCGGAAGUGCUGGCUCUGGGGACUUUCGUGACUUCCCUACCGGAUUCCACGCGGCUACCUCCCAAGCAUAAACUGAAAUUCGGCAAGUUAAGCGCAGAAGUGUGAUUUCCACCCGUGACGAGGCAUUUUCACAGAUCUCUGUGAUCAGAAUGGCCGAGGGUGAUCACCUCCAAUUAUGCUAUGAUCCUGAGAGGAGUGGAAGCUUCAGUGACUGAAGGUAGCAGGAAAGAGAAGGCAGCGUCCUACAAUUAAUAUUCAGUUAAUUUUACCACAAAGCCAACACUUCCCCAAUCCCAGUUUUGCUUAUUUUUGUUGCCUAUGUAAUCCACAUUGCAGCAAUAUAAAAAUGCUGAGAUUACAGAAGUCCCCUCACCCCGAGUGUAAUUUGCCAUCAGUCCGGUAGAGACUGUAGGUGAGAUAGGGUAAGUAUACAGAUGAGUAAACAGGUCCUGAAAGAUGAAACAUUUUGCUCAAGUGAAAUAGUGGCAGACCUAGAUUUAGAAACCAGAAAUCCUAACUCUUGCAUAGCAGUAUUACAUUGUGUAUUCCUUUGCUAAGUUCAGACUUGUUUGAUUAUCACACUUGCCUAGAGCCUAGAAUGUGUGUUUUAAAAUGCAUUCUCUCAGGAGAGGUGUAGGAUCAGGUUAUCCAACCAAUGUGUCAAUUUCUAUCAGCAGUCAAGUUUGGGAAACAUUUGGGGACUUGGUAGCAUCAUUUUCUUUUCUUUUCUUUUUUAAAGAUUUUAUUUAUUUAUUUGACAGAGAGACAACCAGCGAGAGAGGGAACACAAGCAGGGGUAGUGGGAGAGGAAGAAGCAGGCUCCCAGCAGAAGAGCCUGACAUGGGGCUCGAUCCCAGAAUGCUGGGAUCACGCCCUGAGCCUAAGGCAGACGCUUAACGACUGAGCCACCCAGGCGCCCCUGGUUAAUGGAUCUCAUAGCGCUUCCUGUAUUCUGUCUUCUGUAUUCUGUCUUCCAAUCAAAUCCUCUUAACCCUACAUCCUCACAAUAAGGCCAAAAGGUGAGGAAGUUGAGGCUUUGCCACGCCAACUCAUCACUGCGGCUUCUUUGAUUUGACUUCCUGUGGAUGUACUUUGGCCAUCUAGUGGCCUCAGGAAUAUGGUGAUGUUACUUAGGGAAGGUACUUACUGCAGAAAACAUCUUACAUUAAGAAGAAGGGGAUAAGAAGAAUGAAAUAUACAGAUGUGCUACUUAAAGGUUGAAGAAAUAUGGACACCAACAUCAAACUGGUCUUCAGCAUUGUUUUUACCAGCUUUUUCACUUUUCAGCUUCUUUUCUACUUUAUAAGUUCCUGGUUUUCAGCAAAAGUUUCUCCAGGUUUUAAUAGUCUCAGCUUUGAGAAGAAGAUUGAAUGGCAUUCAAGGGUAGGAUCUACAUGCCAUUCUUUGGUUGUUGGGAUUUUUGGCCUGUACAUUUUGUUUUUUGAUGAGGUUGCAAAGGCUGAUCCACUUUGGGGUGAUUCAUCGCUUGUGAAAGUGAAUAUCUCUAUUGCUUCAGGCUACCUCAUUUCUGAUUUGUUGAUUCUCAUUUUGUAUUGGAAAGUGAUUGGUGACAAAUGUUUUGUAAUUCACCAUUGUGCAGCGCUGUAUGCAUACUACUUUGUACUGAGACAUGGAGUCCUGUCAUACAUUGGGAAUUUUCGCCUGCUUGCAGAACUUUCCAGCCCUUUUGUGAAUCAGCGGUGGUUCUUUGAAGCUCUGAAGUAUCCUAAGUUUUCCAAGGCUAACGUCAUCAAUGGAAUACUCAUGACAGUGGUGUUCUUCAUCGUACGGAUUGUCCCAAUACCUCCUUUUUAUAGUUACAUUUAUUCUGUGUUAGGAACAGAAGCCUACAUAAGGCUUGGAUUUUUAAUCCAAUGUUCCUGGAUCUCUACUUGUAUUGUUUUGGAUGUGAUGAAUGUCAUGUGGAUGAUCAAAAUUACAAAGGGUUGCCUUAAAGUCAUCUCUCUCAUCAGACAAGAGAAAGCCAAAAGUAGUCUUCAGAAUGGAAAACUUGACUAAAGGUGGGCUACUGAUAAGCAUACUUCAUUACUACCCACGUUAUAUAUACUGAUAGGGUGAAUUCUUGGCAUGUUCUUGUACUUCUUAUUAAUUAUAUUUGUUAUCGAGGGUUUCAGUCCUUUUUUUUUUUUUUUAACCUUUAGAAAAGAGAAGCUAAAACUUAGUUUUUAUUCCAGGAUUUCUUUUCUGAUUUUCUUCUGCAUUAUAAGCAUGGAUAAAAUCUUAAAAGGUUUAAAUAAAAAAUUAUAAAUAUAGUGGUGAAUCUUUUCAGAAAUCUGUUAACCUGCAUUGGUAUUUUUCUCUGUGAAAAGAUGACUACGCUAAUUGGGUGCACUUGGUUUUAUGUCACCAAUUUUGCUGAAAGAAUGAGAACUGCUUUUAAAUUUGUAAAUAGCUCUCAACAUUUUGUUGUACUGCACUCAUUUCUUACUAUGGCUGUCAAUACCCGUUUAGGGUUUAAUUUCUGAAUCGUUGAAAUGUUCUUUUCUUAGGCUAUUAGAAAUGAUGUAUUUUUUGUUUAGAUACACUAUCAUUUAUGAAUGAUGAAGUAUUUUGCUUACUUUGGGAAUAUUUAAUUAGUUCAGUCAUGGAAAAUACUUCUUUAAUUUUUAGAUUUUUCAGACAUCACUUUAUUAUUUCUAUUUUUAACAUUUUAUCAAAGUACUGCUUUUUUAUUUGUAGUAAGGCUUAAGACAAAUCUUACAGAGCUCCUUAAGAGAUGAAUUCCUCUUUCUAAAAAUGCAUGUUAUAGAUGACUAUUUAGGCUAAUAGGAGGAAUCAUUAAGAAAAAAGCUUUAACACUGCUGUGUUUCCCUUGCACUUUUUUUCUGUGAAAAAUAUAUUAUUUCUAUUUGCAAAACCUCCCCUAAGUUCAGAACCCAACAUCAUCAGUACCAAAAUGUUAUGCAGUAUAUAUUUGUCAUGCUCCUAAUGUAGGCAAGUCAGUAUUCACAUUUUACUCACAGUUUACACCCAUGCUUGCUUAACCAACGUUUUGAGUGCUUUGAAUUUCUGUCUUUCCUAAAGGACAGGAAAAAAAAUAGAUAAUUUAAUCCAAGUAUUCUGAUUAUUAAUAUCCUUGUCUUGUGAUGAUAAAUGGCUGGUGACUCUGGUUUUUUGAUUUUGGGGUUUUUCUUGUGUUGUAUGUGUAAGCCUAUGUUUGCUUUUUCUUUGAUUCUUACAACCCAAAUACAGAAUUAUAUAGUUAUUAUUGCCUUUAUUUAUUUUUCUCAAGUACUUGAUUUUAAUGAUUGUUGUUACCUAAGAAAGAAAGAAAUUUAAUCAGUGAUGGCUGCUUGAGUUUAAUUGAAUCCAAACCAAAAGAUCUAAUCCACUCAGUUUCUCAGCUGGCAGGAGAAUGAUUCACUCUCAUUGUCCAUGUUAUGAUGGUGAAGGGGGACUGGCUGGAUAGAUCAGACUUUGAUUUGAUUUGAUUCGAUUUGAUUUGGCUAUCUAAUGCAGAGAGAGCCUGAUAAGUUUUAGAACCUUUAAAGAAGGUAAUUGAAAUUUCAGUCAAUAACUCAAUGAGAAAAUCAAAUUGAUUGACUUACGGUAGGUACACUUAUUUUUGAAAGAAUUAAAGUAUUGUAAAGUAUAGGUAUUUGUUUUUAAAGCUACUAAUAUUACAUUGAUAAUUUGUUACCAAAUUUAGUGCCUUCGACAUCAUAGGCACUUAAGUGUGUAUUGGUUGUUUAGAGGGGGGUAGGAGAGCACAUGGUUUUAUCUUGUUGUUUUCUUGGUCUUUUGCAAGAAAACUGGAUUUUUAAAAGGAAAACAUUUAUAUUAGAAAACUAUUUUGGAAAUUCCUUUAAAAAGAAACAAAACUUGAAAUAAAUAUUUUUGACUCUUGGGAUAUUUCUAUAGUUUCUGAACACAGAUUUUAAACCCACCAUCAAAAUGAAGACAAUAUGAAACAAUAUAUUGCAAUGUAUUGUAAUAUAAAACUCACUAAUCAGUGAGUUUCCAUAUAGCAGUUUCAGUUUUUAUAGUUGCUAUUUCAUGCUUAAAACUUUAUUUUUACUUUCAUUGACAGCACUUUUCAGUAGUAUAGCUGCUCAGAAAACAAGUGUUUAAAAUAUGUGUUUUGAACUAAAGUUCAUUAUUCCCUUAGUCAGCAAUUCUUAUUUUAAGCUGACUGCAUGACAGCUAAUUCAACAUCCACAUUCAAUAUCCAAAAGUACAAGCUACAUAUUUCCUCGUACAACACACAUGAGAUGGAAAAGACACACAAACUGCCAUAUUACUUUAAGUCAGAUCUUUAUAGGAGCUAAACUUCACUGUUCUGUGAUUGUAUCCACCUACCUAAGAUACAAGGAGUUAAAGACAGAACAUAUCAUUUAUUAAACGAUGAAUUUUUCUUUUAUUAAAUGACAAACUUUUGCUAGACAUUUUACAUAUUAAGUAUUUUGACUACAUGGAUUAAUUUAAAUGAUUCUAUUAGGCAUUCUGAAUUUAACAACUAUUAAAAUAUUUGUAGAAAACUAAAAGCAAAUUGGUAUAAAUUUUUAAGUAACUCUAUUUUUAUAGAAAAAGAUUAGUGAUAACCUGUAACUAUAAAGCUGUUCUUUGAAUGCAUAUUAGUCUAAAAAAUAAAAAUUCUUAAAGAAAUUUUGAAAAUGAAUGAAAAUCAGCUAAAUAGCAUGCAAGAUCAUAGAUUCUGCAUCUGAUGUUUUAUUGGGGAGAAUUUAAAAAUUUUGAGCUUGAAUUUGUAGAAUUUGCAUUCUUGUGUCUGGAAUAUUUCUAGUGAGUAUUGUUUGCAUUUAUUUAAAACUCAAAAUAGAGUUAUAUACGAGUGCAAAGAAAUUAACUCCUGCAUAAGUUGUGUCUUGAUACCUUAUAGUAAGUUAAGAUGCAAUUUUUAUUCCAGCCGUUUAGUUUUGUUCUUUCAUGGGCUAGUGCUGUAAUGUUUAGAGAAAUAAUAAUGUCUUUACCAUUCCUAACGGUGACUGAUACACCAUGGAUCCCCUAGUACUAUUGUUAAAGGUCUAGUUUUAACAACUGCCUCAUUUAUAGGUGUUUGAAUCAAAUUCUUUUCUAAAUUUUAAUCUAUUUGACUCAGCUUUUUGCUAAAGUGUCAGUUUUUAAAUUGUACACUUUCUGUGAGAUGCGUUGGGUGUUUAGAGAACGGUUCUUCACUUAUAUGAAGGGCCAGCUUUGUGGUUGGUUACAUUUGUCAUCACGCAUUAGAAACAGUCUUGUUGUGGAGCUAUCUGGGGGAAAGUGUUGUAAUAUCUGUGUUCUGUUUCGUUUUUAAGGGAAAUAAACAUGUUCCAGAAAACACUAUUAAAAUAAAUGUUUGAAUAAA